CUCAAAAUGUAGAAAACAAAGGAUUUAAUCCAGCAGUAAGAAAGGGACGGCAGUAAACGUUUUCUCAAAACUGAGGCAGAGUGAGACAUCUGUAGAGUUUUCAUAUCUUUGGAACCACCUCAGACCGGUGGAAGAGAUCGUCUCUUCUUCAGUCUCACCAGAAAUCUUCAUCCGCGGAUCACCGUCAGAGAUGGAGGAGAGAGCAGACAGAGGAGCAGGAGGAGGAGGAGGAGAAGGAGGAGGAGGAGCAGGAGGAGCAAGAGGAUACCACCGGGCGGCCAAGCGGCUCCGGACGGAGGAGGAGGCCGGCAGAGAGGAGCUGGAGGACGGGGAGGAGGAGGAGGAGGCAGCGGGGAGCGGAGACAGAGAGAGCCGGAGGAGAGGAGGGAAGGAUGUUGUGGAGAAAAGUCACCUCAUCCCCCCGUCUCCAGUCGUCCACGUUCGAGGACUCUGUGACGCCGUGGUGGAGGCAGAUCUGGUGGAGGCACUCGACAAAUUUGGAAACAUCUGUUAUGUGAUGAUGAUGCCGUUCAAGCGUCAGGCUCUGGUGGAGUUUGACUGUGUGGAGAGCGCCGAGCGCUGUGUGUCGUUUGGAACCCGUGAGCCGGUCUUCAUCGCUGAGCAGCAAGCCUUCUUCAACUUCUCCACCAGCCAGAGGAUCACCAGACCGACCAACGCUGACGACCCCAACAGUGGAAACAAGGUCCUGCUGCUGUCCAUCCAGAACCCGUUGUACCCCAUCACCACCGAUGUUCUGUACACCGUCUGUAAUCCGGUCGGUAACGUCCUGCGCAUCGUCAUCUUUAAACGCAACGGCAUCCAGGCCAUGGUGGAAUUUGAGUCGGUGGAGGACGCUCAGAAGGCCAAACUGGCUCUGAACGGAGCCGACAUCUACUCCAGCUGCUGCACGCUGAAGAUCGAGUACGCUCGGCCCAACAGACUGAACGUCGUCCGCAAUGACAACAGCAGCUGGGAUUACUCCAAACCCUUCAUCCUGCACCGAGAGCGGGUAACAGGGAGGAAGCGUCAGGCCAUCCUGGGAGAACAUCCAUCCAACGGCUACGGUCCACACUGCCCCCUGCUGCCUCCUCCAGGUAACAGCAGGUUCAGGAGGAUCAGGGAUGAGGUUCAGGACUUCCUCCCCUCCCUGCUGCUCCCUAAGACCUCCCCCUCCCACCGGGGCCACACCCCCUCCAGCUCCGUCUCCAUGGUGAGCGGACUCCAUCCCGCAAAGAUGAACUGCAGCCGCGUCUUCAACCUCUUCUGUCUCUAUGGCAACGUGGAGAAGGUGAAGUUCAUGAGGAGCGUCGCGGGCACGGCGCUGGUGGAGAUGGGAGACGAGUAUGCGGUGGAUCGAGCUGUGACACACCUCGACGGCGUCAAGGUGUUCGGGAAAAAACUCAAUGUGUGGUAAGAAACAAACACUACAGGUGUU